AUGCUGCGCUGGACCGAGACAUACGUGCGCUGGUCUCCCAAAGGCACCUACUUGGCCACCUUCCACCAAAGGCCUUGUGGGGCGGUGAGAAGUUCAAGCAGAAAACACUCCCUGUGUCGCUUUCAGUCAAUUGGCCUGCUCGACAAGAAGAGCCUUAAGAUCAGCGGAAUCAAGGACUUCUCGUGGUCUCCGGGCGACAACAUCCUCGCGUUCUGGGUGCCUGAGGACAAGGACAUCCCGGCCAGGGUGACUCUGAUGCAGCUGCCUUCCCGCCAGGAGAUCCGAGUGCGCAACCUCUUUAACGUGGUGGACUGCAAGCUGUACUGGCAGAGGAAUGGAGACUACCUGUGCGUGAAGGUGGACAGGACUCCCAAAGGGACACGCAGCGAAAGGGAACGGAACAAACCAUACAUGGGCUUGCUUUUUUCACAAUCUGUCAAUCAAUCGGAUACAAUUUUUGUUUGA